ACUUAAGACUAUAUUGCUACCUUCUUAAUUUGUGGUAAUUGAUUGAAUGUAGAUUUUACGAUUUUCGAUUGUGCGUUACUUUAUUGUAACGUACGACAUCAUACCAUCCGACCGGAUCCGACCAACCGAUACGGAAUUUACGGGAAGCGCUUGAACGCACUCUAGCUACAUGUGAAAGCAACUAGCUAGCUAGCUAUUGGCUAAUUACAAUUAACAUUUGUGAAACGAAAAGCACGAGACUUUAAGUUACGUUACUGUGCGAGUUAGAAAGUAUUUUAGACACUCUUCCAUGGUUUUAACUGGGAAAAUAGCUCAGCAUUUACAAGCUAACUUAUGUUACCAUUAGCUCAUCUCCAAGUUCUAUGUCAGUGAAACUGCUAGCAGCAAAGGAUUAGGAGAUGUUUACAUCCAGCCUUUCUACAGAACAACAGAGAGACCUGGCGAAAAGACUCACCGCUUUCCUGUCUCAGUACAGCCACGUAUCCGACUCCUAUAUCAUUGAGUUCUUCACUGAAGAUCUCUGGCACACUUUACCCAACACCUGGCAGCCUGUGCUGCAGGACCUGUCGUAUCCACAGAUCGCAGACCUGUUACUGGAUGCUGCACACAGAGACAAGAAAUAUCCUUCGGUGUGGCCUCUGUCGCUCUUGGCGUUCCGUGCCACAGCUCACGCUCUGGCGUUUCCCAGAGAGUGCAGGCGAGGGCGAGGCACGGCGGCCGGCUCGGAGAAGCCUGAGGAGUUCCUGCACAACCAAAGUCAGAGCGCCCUGCUGGGACACAUAUUCAGGAAACAUGUCAAACCCAAGAAACAGCACGAGAUCCGCAAGCUGGGCUCGCUGGUAAAACAACUUUGUGACCAGACUGACUGCAACAGCGUGAUGGAUGUGGGCUCUGGACAGGGUCAUCUGACUCGUUUCCUGUCCUUUGGGCUCGGACUGUCUGUGACCGCAAUUGAGGCUGAUCACACCCUGGUUGCUAUGGCGUCCAAGUUUGACGAACAGUUGCUGUGGGCCUUGGAGAAGGAAAGGCAGAAAAAGAACUGCUCCUCUCUGGUCCCGGUGUCACAGUCCUCUCCCCGCCAUGUGGCCGGUUGGGUAAACCCCAAGGCAUCAUGGGAGGCCUUCAUCAAGCAGCUGAGUGUUUCAGAUCGUGUCGACGAUGGUCUCCCAACUCCGUCUGGACCCAGCAAAAAGAGACUGCGGGGCUGUGAGCUUCAGGGGGCCUCUCACGUGGUCCGGACGUCAUCGUGUCGCGUUUGCACGGACUCUGAAAGUCGCUCGCAGGACUCUGAAUCGUCGUCGCAACGCCAGUCAAGCAAAAGCGAGUCUGAAGAGGAGCCAUCUGCAGGAAAACGCUGCUUGUGUGGAGAAAACAGCCAGCGGCAUCCAGACUUUGUCCUCACCGGUCUCCACGCGUGCGGCGACCUCAGCGCCACACUCCUGCGCCACUUUGUCAGCUGCCCAUACGUGCGCGGCAUCACCUCGGUGGCGUGUUGCUAUAUGAAAAUCACGACCAAAGAAAACCCCGCCCCUCCGGGAGUGGUCGCAGCUCCGCAGACACCCAGCCGGGAAGCGCUCCCCUCAAAGUUCGGCUACCCGAUGAGCUCCUGGGUGGGGGGGCUGCCGGGACACCAGCUGUCCUAUAAGGCGAGGGAGGGCGCGUGUCACGCCACUGAGGACUAUACGCGGAGGCUUCGGGAGGAAAGCGAGUUGCUGAGGACACACUGUUACCGGGCGACGCUGGAGACCUUCAUCAGGGAAACGAGGCCAGAUCUACGCAGGGCAGGAAUCCAGACCAUAAAGAAAGCCCACUUACUGCCGUUUACACAGUACGCCCGUCUGGGUCUGGCUCGGGUCGGCCUGCCUCCCGGGUUGCCUCUGGCCCCGCAGCGGGUGGAGGCCAUGUUGAAGCAGCAGCGCAGGGUGGUGGUGUACUUCAGCCUGGCCCUGCUGCUGGCUCCUGUGGUGGAGACGCUGGUGCUGCUGGACCGGAUGAUCUACCUGCAGGAGAACGGCGUGGACAGUCAGCUGGUUCCUCUCUUUGACCCAAACUUUUCUCCAAGAAACUUUGUGCUGGUGGCUCUGAAGACAUGAUCUUCCUGCUGUGGAGCCCCUCAGGUUUUCAGCCUCACUGUGACACAGGAACACGCUGGAACUUGUUGCGUAUUUCUUGAGUUUUUGAGAAAGGAGAGGCUUGGUUCCAAUGAAGAUUUAACAAAAAGAUUUAAUGAACAAAAUGACACGACGGAACAGGAUUUUACGCUGCAGCGGACUGAAAAGAUGCUUCUCCCUUCUGGAGUCCCAAACAUUUCUCAGUUUCACAAAUAUAUUCUCUUGAAGUUGGGGGCGGUUCCUUGGAUGAAAACAUUCUCUAUUGGUCCGUCGUCGCCCAAAAGAAGGCGCUAUCUCCAAAUCCAUCCAGCGUCUUGAGGCCACUUGUGGUGGGUGUCAAUUAUUUUCAAGCUACAGGAAUAAACAUUCUUUUGUUCUAAUCUAGUCUGCACGCCAGCAGGGGUCAGCUCCAAGACUGAUAGACAAAAGGUUUCUUCCUGCCGUGUGACAAAGAGCUUCCUCCCGUAUGCUAAGUGACAGACAUGAUUUUUUUUAAGAUUAUUUGUUUGGGGCCCUUUAUUGUACAGUGACAGUGGAUA